AUGUGGCAUUGCGAUGCACGACACGAGGAGAAGAGGAAGAUAAAAAUAAAAGACGAGAAACUUCUCCGUACGGAGGUGACCUUCGAAGGCGUCAUUCGCCGGUUCGUGGUGUGUGCUCCAAAAUUCGACGAAGACUCGUUGUCACCACUCGGACGAUCGACACGUCGGUCUCUCGCUCUCGAUUUCGAUAGUCCUGAUCUUCAUGACCCUGACAGGCCGCGUGGGGGGCUGCUGUUCAUGAAUGACUACUGGCAUGAUGAAUCGCCCGGGACUGCCAAAGAAUCCGACAUCUAUCAUCUUUUCGCCCAGCACCGAGUCCCCCAUGUAGCUGAGAUGGAGACUGGUGGAGACAUCCCUGAUAUGGUCACGAUUACGCAGGGAUAUGGACCAGUAGAUCUAACGACAUUCUGCAAUGUUAAGGACCUAGUGAAGUGUAUUGCAGAUGCCAUCGAAGCUCACCAGCCAGCUUUUGACAGGGCCCAUAUUCUGCACUGUGAUAUUCGUGCCGGGCACAUCAUGAUCACCCUAAAUCAUGCAGGAUUUCUCAUUGAAUCCGAUGAGUGCAUUAUCCUUACGGACAGAAGCGAGGGUACAUCUGACGGUUCUGCGAAGAUCGACCUGUUGAACCGUUAUUCUGCGAGGCCUUGCUUUGCCAUCCAGCAUCUCAACGAGCUGUUGCGCAAAUUGCCCGACGUUUUCGUUAUCCGAUAUCAACCAAAACGUACCACAGAGGAAAUUCAAACACAUGAAACAUGGACGAUUUCGUAUCCUGAUCGCGCUACAGAACUCCCGGCCCCCCCGUACUUCACGAAAAUGGGAAAACUUGAAAACCCUACCUGGCUUGUCGAGACUUUGCAUGCGCAUGCGGAGAAGAUGACGGGGACGGCUGUUGAAAAGGCUGCAAAUACCAUUCGGCGGCGAUGGCCGGUCUUGAUAAAAAGUGGUGGAAAGGCGUGGGCGCUGAGAUCCAUCGAUGAAGCUAUGGAGGAAUAG